GCUAGAGUUACAUAGUAGUUGUAAUAAAUAGCAGAGUGUUAUCACAUAUGUGCGUCGUGACGCUCAGGGGCAAUACCAUUAACGUCAUUUACUCUUUAAAAGCAUAUAAAAGCAUAUAAAAGCAUAUAAGCUUAUGCAACUCACACGCAGCACAACUUACAUAAUGCUUCCUAUCGUUAUCUACCCUUUAUCUACCCUUAGGUAGCACUUGAGCAUUUGGCGUCGGCGACGAUGCGGAGUACCGCAGCCUAGUUUUGAACAUUUUUUUUUCUUUUCUCUCUUACCACUAUUACCAGAGUAUGUACCUAACCUAGUACAUUAACCUAGGUUAGAUAUUUAGCUUUGUAAGAUAUAUGGAGUUUCUACAAUAUUCCACGGCCCCCUUCACUUAUACAUACUAUGUAUUAUAUACUAUGUGCGCUUAGAUUACAUCGUUCGUGGCUAUUAACUGUUUAGGUCCUGUACCCGAAAAUGACUCCGGUUCGUUCUAGUUGGGUUGGUGGCAAGGAAAUACGAGGAGAAACAGAACCCCUACCAGUAAUCGACCCAGCCACUGGUAAAUCCUUCGCCCUCUAUCGCGACGCCGGCGAAGAAGACGUUGAUCGCGCUGUUGCUUUGGCCCAAGAAGUCUAUGUAUCCGGCGUAUGGUCCAAAUCCUCGCGCCAUCACCGCGCUGAUGUGCUGGACAAAUGCGCCAGCCUGCUCACGGAGGCCUUGCCGGAGCUCAUCGCGCUCGAGGUGCAGCAAACCGGCCGUGUGGUCCGUGAGAUGAAAGCUCAGGUGCCGUCGCUGGUCCGCUGGUUCAAGUACUACGCCUCACUCCUCCGCGUAGAGGAGCAGCCGGUCCUUCCAACGACGGGCAAGCUUCACAAUUUUGUACAGCGCGUCCCGCUUGGGGUGGUUGUGCUGAUCACGCCUUUCAAUCAUCCGCUGCUGAUCGCCGUCAAGAAAAUCGCACCCGCGCUAGCCGCGGGGAAUAGCGUUAUUGUAAAGCCUAGUGAAUUGACCCCCUUGACAACGCUCCGGCUUGGCCCUAUUCUGAAGGAAGCCGGCGUACCAGACGGUGUGUUCAACGUUCUACCAGGAUUCGGCGCGACCACCGGCAAAUAUCUUGUGCAGCAUCCCCUGGUAAGAAAAGUAGAUGUUACUGGAGGAACGCCAGCCGGGCGUGCGAUCGGUGCGAUCGUGGGUGGUAACCUGGGGAGGUAUACGGCAGAGCUAGGGGGCAAGGCACCACUAGUGGUGUUCGACUCAGCGGACAUACAGCUUGCGGUGAAUGGUAUCGCGUUCGGCAGUUUCAUUGCCAGUGGUCAAACCUGCAUUGCGAGUACGAGAAUCAUCGUCGAUAAUAAAAUCUUGCCGGAUCUGCUGGUGAAGCUUAGAAUCAAGACGGAUUCGAUCACACAACGCAUGGGCGCCCCUUCUAACCCUGAGUCUAUGAUGGGGCCGUUGAUUUCGGAAACCCAACUCAGCAAAGUCGAGACAUUAGUCUACGAAGCUCUACAGAGCGGGGACGCAAUAGCGAUCGUAGGAGGCGACAGAAUGCGAGGCACCAGCUCUCUUGACGGGACGGACUUCUCCGCAGGUUAUUUCUACGAACCAACCGUUCUCGUAUCAGGCGAGGGCGGUAAGGAGAGCAUUCUAAAGACGCGCAUCUGGCGGGAGGAGGCAUUUGGACCGGUCAUCGUCGUUGUAGGCUUCGAUACGGAAGACGAGGCAAUCAAGUUGGCCAACGACAGCGAAUUUGGUCUCGGGGCUGGGAUCUGGACCCAAGACUUGGCGCAGGCUUUUCGCGUCUCGGAGCAGAUCGAAGCAGGCAUCACCUGGGUCAACACACAUCAUCGGAAUGAUCCGAGCAGUCCGUGGGGCGGUGCCAAAUCGUCGAGUGGCGUUGGGAGCGAAAACGGUAUAGAUGCGUAUCACGCUUACACGACGACCAAGAGCACAAUCAUCAACUACGCGUCUACAGAAGAGUCAAUAGCUACAGAUGAUUGGUUUGCAGAGGGAGCAAACUCCGUGAGAUACGGAUGAGAGUAUUGUGCAGCCUUAACGGUGGCGUAACAGGGGGCUAGGUACUUAGGUAAUGAGUUACCGACCCCUAAUAUACUAGGUAAAAAUGCUAUUCAAAGUCCAAUGCAGAAUUGGCACCUACGAUACACAACAGUACGCGAUCGUCAUUGACUCUGUGCGGUAAAAGGAAGUUGCUCAAAAAGCGAAUAAAUAAGGAUACCGAUUAGUCCUUCCAAUUUGUUUCUACACUACCUAGGUGACUAAAGUUUGAAGUCAUCGAUGUUAAAGGAAGGUGUUUGACAUAUAUUGGCAUCGAGAUCCACAGACCGAAGGCGUAAAAUGUAACAAGCGCUGGAGAGGAUUUUGAGGGAUCCAAGUCCCUGGUUUGCUUGACCAGCCGCCAUUCUAUGUACGACCUAAUGAUUGGACAGAACACGAAAGGUACACUAG